AUGAGUAUUAUGAAUUGGGGCAAUCCAUAUGAUUGGACAGCUGUAGAAUGGUAAAGUGCCACAUGGGGAGAAAGAUUCAUGUAUAUCGAUCCUUACUUUUGGAGUUAUUUUGGAGUGGCUUUGGCAUUAGCCACAUCGAUUAUAGGGGCAUCAUGGGGUAUAUUUGUGACAGGUGUAUCUUUGUUGGGUUCGACAGUGAAGGCACCACGAAUUAGAUCAAAGAAUCUAAUUUCAGUCAUUUUUUGUGAGGCUGUGGCUAUCUAUGGUGUGAUUAUGGCAAUUAUCAUGAUUGGUAAAGUGCAAACCAUUGAGUCAUACCCUCAGGAUUAGAUGGCAUAAUGCUAUACGACAGCUUUGUUCGGUGGUUAUUCCCUGUUUUGGACUGGUGUAUCUGUUGGAUUGUCGAAUCUGAUCUGUGGUAUUGCAGUGGGUGUGACAGGAUCUGGGUGUGCCAUUGCUGAUGCUUAGACUCCAGAAACCUUUGUGAAAAUUUUGGUGGUUGAAAUCUUCGGUUCAGCACUUGGUUUGUUUGGUGUGAUUGUAGGUAUUAUCCAAUGUUCAGGAGCCUCCUUCCUAAAGGAUUGUCUUUGAACUUACACAUUAAAACAUAUAUAUGAUAUUUAUAAUUGCUUAAAUUUCUGACUUCA